AUGGGGCGAGUGACCAGCACCGGGACCAGUAAGAAGUACUCAGCAGCCUCAGGUCCUCCAGUGGGACCAGAGUGUGAGACCUGUGGACUCCGGCACCAGCAGGAGGGAGGAGCAGGGGGGAGGAGGAGCAGGGGAGAGGAGCAGGGGGGAGGAGCAGGGGGGAGGAGCAGGAGGGAGGAGGAGCAGGGGGAGGAGCAGGGGGGAGGAGCAGGAGGGAGGAGCAGGGAGGAGGAGCAGGGAGGAGGAGCAGGGAGGAGGAGCAGGAGGGAGGAGCAGGAGGGAGGAGCAGGGAGGAGGAGCAGAGGGGAGGAGCAGGAGGGAGGAGCAGGAGGGAGGAGCAGGAGGGAGGAGCAGGAGGGAGGAGCAGAGGGGAGGAGCAGGAGGGAGGAGCAGAGGGGAGGAGCAGGAGGCAGGAGCAGGGGGGAGGAGCAGGGGGCAGGAGCAGAGGGGAGGAGCAGAGGGGAGGAGCAGGAGGAGGAGCAGGAGGGAGGAGCAGGGGGGAGGAGCAGGAGGGAGGAGCAGGGAGGAGGAGCAGGAGGCAGGAGCAGGAGGGAGGAGCAGGGAGGAGGAGCAGGGAGGAGGAGCAGAGGGGAGGAGCAGGAGGGAGGAGCAGGAGGGAGGAGCAGGAGCAGGGAGCAGGAGGGAGGAGCAGAGGGGAGGAGCAGGAGGGGAGGAGCAGGAGGGAGGAGCAGAGGGGAGGAGCAGGAGGGAGGAGCAGAGGGGAGGAGCAGGAGGGAGGAGGAGAGGUCUUGA